CCUUCCACUCUACUCUCCUCGGUCCCCAGCCCCUGGCGAUGGCCUUCUCCGUCACCACCACGUCCCUGCGCGGCGUCGUCGCCGCCGUCCCGGCCCGGCGCCCGAAUCCGCUCGCCGUGCUCCUCCCCCGGGCGGCUCGCCCCCAUCUUCGCCUUGGGGCUGGCCGCCCAACGCGCCUCCCAGUCCCACUCGCCGCCUCCUUCUCCGAGGAUCCACGUGGCUAUGGGUUCGAAAGGCCCCCCCAUGAUGUUGGGUCUUCUUCAUUCCGCAUGUACGUGGGCAACCUGUCAUGGCGACUGGAUGACUCCAGGUUGGCACAACUAUUCAGCGAGCACGGCACCGUGCUCUUCGCUAAGGUCAUGCGUGACUUACAAACCGGGCGCUCAAAGGGAUUCGGCUUUGUAGCAAUGGCAUCACAUGAGGAACGCGAGGAGGCCAUCGCGGCCCUCAACGGGCAGAUCUUGGAGGGGCUUGCCCUGCGAGUGAGUGUCGCGGAGGAGCCAGACGUGACUGUAAGCAAGGCGGUUCCAGGAGACACCCGGGUGGAAAGCCCUCCUCCCCGUCAUGUUGUUGGGCCUUCAUUUCGGUUGCACGUGAACAACCUUUCAUCGAAUGUGGAUGACUCUAGGCUGGCACAAAUGUUCAGCCAGCACGGCAAAGUGGUCUAUGCUAAGAUCAUCCGUGAUUUCAAAAGUGGGCGCUCAAAGGGAUUCGGUUUCGUAGAGAUGUUGUCGCGGGGGGAAAUGGACAGCGCCAUCACAGCCCUCCAUGGACAGGGAUGGGGAGAACAUGUGUUUAUGUUCAUCAUGUGGAUAGAGAGGCCUUUUUGAAAGGCAAUGUUGAGACGGACCCGAAUGAGCUUGACAUG